AUGGGAAGACGCGCGAAAAACAAACAGAGCGAUCCGGCUCCUCUGGCUCAGGCCAACGAUAAUGCCGCUAAGCCGUCUCAGAAGAAACUUGGAAAACGCAAGGCAGAGGAGGUCGAGCCGCCCUCAAAAAGACCUGCGAAGAAAGCAAAAGACGCGGGUUUAGCCCCCCAAAAUCCUGCGGCGAAGGGAAAGGAGUCGAAGGCAUCUAAACCCCAGGCCAAGCCGAAGGCUGCGUCCAAGAAGAAGCAAGUGCAGUUUAACGAUGAGGAUAGUGCCAGGAGUAGCGAGGGUUGGGAAGACGUCGAAGACGGCGACGACCUGAAAGUCCAUGCAAAAACACUAUUCCACGGAAGUGACGAAGAAGGGUUUGUCGGAGACUUGGACGAAUUGGACGUGGAAGGCGUGAGCGAAGAUGACGACUUGCUAAGGGGCCCUAAACAAGAAUUCGACUUUGGAUCGGACGACGAAGACGAGGACGAAGAACCCGAACCCCCUGUGAAACUCAAGGGUAGGAAGUCCAAACAACAAGAACGCCCUGUGAAGAUCGUCCCCACCGCCUCGGAUGCGUCUUCAGACGAGAGUGACGGGUACAAUGAGGAUGGACCAGUAACCGCGAAGAACAUGGCUGCACGUUCACGAGCACUGGAGGAGCGGGCGGCACGCGAGGCGGAACUCGACGCCGAGGAGAUGCGACAGGCAAUGCUUCCGGGAGAGGACAGCGAGGACGAUCUGGCAGACGCGGACGACGUGGACAUGGACGAAGAAGGCGAGGGUGGCGAGGACAGCGAAGACUUUGUGCUGCCGACGGCCGAGGAGCGUGAAGAGGAGAAAAAGCGCGGUGGGCCAGACGUCCACACGGUUCAAAGACGGAUGCGUGAAUGCGUUCGUGUGUUGGGUAACUUCAAGCGUCAUGCUGCGAAGGGCCGGGCGCGAUCGGAAUACGUGCAACAGCUUAUCUCUGACAUUGCGAGUUAUUACGGGUACAACGACUUCCUCGCCGAAAAGCUGUUUCAGCUAUUCCCAAUCGCAGAGGCGAUCGAGUUCUUCGAGGCUAACGAGGUGCCGCGACCAGUGACGAUACGCACCAACACCCUGCGAACUCGGCGGCGCGACUUGGCACAAGCCUUAAUCAACCGUGGCGUCAACCUCGAGCCGAUUGGCAAGUGGACGAACGUCGGGCUGCAGGUGUUCGAGAGCAGCGUGCCGAUAGGUGCGACGCCUGAAUACCUUGCCGGCCAUUACAUGCUCCAGGCGGCGUCCUCUUUCCUCCCCGUGAUCGCGCUGUCACCCCAGCCGGGCGAGCGCGUGCUCGAUAUGGCGUCCGCCCCUGGUGGCAAGACGACGCACAUGGCGGCGCUCAUGGAGAACACCGGCGUCGUGUUCGCCAACGACGCCAACAAGGCGCGGACGAAGAGCCUGACCGCGAACGUGCACCGCCUGGGGUGCAAGAACGUCGUCGUGUGCUCGUAUGACGGCCGCGAGUUUCCGAAGGUGAUCGGCGGGUUCGAUCGGGUGCUGCUCGAUGCGCCAUGCAGCGGGACGGGUGUCAUCAGCAAGGACGCGAGUGUCAAGACGAAUAAGUCCGAGCGCGACUUUGCGCUCCUCUCGCACCUGCAAAAGCAGCUCAUCCUGUGCGCGAUCGACAGCGUCCAGGCGGAUUCGAAGACAGGCGGCUACCUCGUCUACUCCACCUGCUCCGUGACCGUUGACGAGAACGAGGCAGUGGUGGACUAUGCGCUCCGGAAGCGGCCCAACGUGCGCCUCGUCGAGACCGGGCUCGAGUUCGGCCGCCCGGGCUACACCCGCUACCGCGGCAAGGUGUUUAGCGACAAGCUCUCGCUCACCCGACGCUUCUAUCCACACGCGCACAACAUGGACGGCUUCUAUGUCGCCAAGUUCAAGGUCGAGCGCCGUGCGAAGCCCACCACGAAGGCGGACGAGCGAGAUGGCGGCCACGACGCGAAGGCGGACGUUGACGGCGCAGACGCGACGGACGGCACGGCGGCUAGGUUCGACGACGCCGAGGACCGGCCGUACCUAGACGAAAUGAAGCGGAGGCGGAUGAAGAGGAAGGGGUUAAGGGUGCCUCCACGCGCGCAGACGGCGGCACCCCCUGUGGCUGCGGCCGACGCGGCGUCUGUCUGA